AUGGAGCCCGUCGACCUCGUUCCGAGUGGUUACAGGUUCCUUCCCACGGCGGAGGAACUCGUGGUCGACUACCUCGCCAACUGCGUUGCCGGCACACCGCUCCCAAGCCGCGCUGUCGCCUUCGCCGAUGUCUACGGCACCGAGCCGUGGAAUCUUCUCUGCAGCGAUCGACAGGAGGGCUAUUUCUUUGCGGAGCGCAAGCCCAAGAACAGCGUCGGCUCGCGCGUCGAUCGAAAGGCCGGCACCGGUUCUUGGACUCUGAACAAAAAGAAAGAACCCGUCAAGUCCAUCGUCGACGGGCGCGAGAUGGUGGUGGGACGAAAGAGCUUCCUCUCCUUCAACGAUGGCCGGCGGAAAAACUCCGGGUGGACCAUGUACGAGUUUGAGAUGUGUUCCUCGGGCUUCGAGAGACGAGUUCUCUGUCACGUUAAGAAGAGCUCGCAUCAUGCCAUCUCCGGCGGCAAUUUCAUCAAAAAGGUUGAGUCGACGUUCACGGAGGCCGCGACAGAGACGGUCUCCGGCGGCAGCCUCGUUGGGCAGAAGAGAAAUAGAGAGGAAUCUUCUACUCUCUCAGCAAAAGCAUCGACUCUCUCAAAGAAGCCAGCACAUUCCAGCGGAGCAUUGCAGUCCGACGUCUCACCACCUCCAACCGCGGUGGUGCACCCGGAGAGUCUUCUUUCCUCGGUCGAUUCAGUUGCACCGAACGAAGCCGGAGUCCCAUCCGCCGCUCUAUCGUCAACGGACGUCGGUGGAGGUGAGCGAUAA